GUGUAUGGCACAAAGCUAUUCGUCAACUACGGUCAUGGUUGGCACUUCAGCUGGUCUCAUGAGAAUGCCAGCCAUGCAAUCAUGGAGUUCGAAGACCUUGUGAUCCACCUCUUUGACAGGUCCGUUUCCGGACUUAAUCUGAUGGAAUGCUUGGGAGGCUUUGGCUGGAGGCUGCCAGACAUCUACGCUGACUUCAUGUUAGCCCUCAGAACAAAAAUACGACCAUACCCUGAUCCCCAGCAGAUGAAACCGAAAGUGUUGCAUCGCGCCAUGUACUUUGUCACUCACCUUGUCUACUUCUUCACAG